AGGAAGCUGUGGACAAACUCCAAGGUCGGGAAGGUGGUAGUGGGGGGCACUUUCUCUCCAGGGUACAGGGUCACCGCGUCUCUACCCAACUCAGACUCCCUGAGCCUCACAGGAGACUCUCUAGGAUUGGAAGUUGUUAUGGCAACGAGGCUCUCAGAAUACUGAGGAAAGCCAAAGCCUAGAGAGCCGACACCCUCCUGUAUUCCCCCUUCCGACCCACGGGUAAAGUGGCGCCUCCUACGCACAGAAACCGUCCUUGGGCCCCCGCUCCGGCGAGGAGACCACCCUGGACCUCCGGGGGCGGGAGGCCGCUCUGGCCCCAAUCAGGGCCUCUCGCUGGUAGACGGGCCCGAGGUAGCCCCUCUGGGCGCAGCGCCGCCGAGCUGCUCGAUGCUCCGACCGGAAGUGCUCUUCACCGCCGACCUCCCACCCGGCUCUCUGGUCCCGGCGGUAAGAUGGCGGCUGCCGCGGAGUGCGAUGUGGUAAUGGCGGCGACCGAGCCAGAGCUGCUAGACGACGAGGAAGCGAAGAGUCCUACGCCUUUGACAUCUCAUCCUUCAGUCCCUUUGCUGGAAGCAGAGUCUUUCAAGGAACAAGGAAAUGCAUACUAUGCCAAGAAAGAUUACAAUGAAGCUUAUAACUAUUAUACAAAAGCCAUAGAUAUGUGUCCUAAAAAUGCUAGCUAUUACGGGAAUCGAGCAGCCACCUUGAUGAUGCUUGGAAAGUUCCGGGAAGCUCUUGGAGAUGCACAGCAGUCAGUGAGGUUGGAUGACAGUUUUGUUCGGGGACAUCUACGAGAGGGCAAAUGCCACCUAUCUCUAGGGAAUGCCAUGGCAGCAUGUCGUAGUUUCCAGAGAGCCCUAGAACUGGAUCACAAAAAUGCUCAGGCACAACAGGAGUUCAAGAAUGCUAAUGCAGUCCUAGAAUAUGAGAAAAUAGCAGAAACGGAUUUUGAGAAGCGGGAUUUUCGGAAGGUUGUUUUUUGCAUGGACCGUGCCCUAGAAUAUGCCCCUGCCUGCCAUCGCUUCAAAAUCCUCAAAGCAGAAUGUUUAGCAAUGCUGGGUCGUUAUCCAGAAGCACAGUCUGUGGCCAGUGACAUUUUACGAAUGGAUUCCACCAAUGCCGAUGCUCUAUAUGUACGAGGUCUUUGCCUUUAUUAUGAAGAUUGUAUUGAGAAGGCGGUUCAGUUUUUUGUCCAAGCUCUCCGGAUGGCUCCUGACCAUGAGAAGGCCUGCGUUGCUUGCAGAAAUGCCAAAGCACUUAAAGCAAAGAAAGAAGAUGGGAAUAAAGCAUUUAAAGAAGGAAAUUACAAGCUAGCAUAUGAACUGUACACAGAAGCCCUGGGGAUAGACCCCAAUAAUAUAAAAACAAAUGCUAAACUCUACUGUAAUCGGGGUACGGUUAAUUCCAAGCUUAGGAAACUAGAUGAUGCAAUAGAAGACUGCACAAAUGCAGUGAAGCUUGAUGACACUUAUAUAAAAGCCUACUUGAGAAGAGCUCAGUGUUACAUGGACACAGAACAGUAUGAAGAAGCAGUACGGGACUAUGAAAAAGUGUAUCAGACGGAGAAAACAAAAGAACACAAACAGCUCCUAAAAAAUGCACAGCUGGAACUGAAGAAGAGUAAGAGGAAAGAUUACUACAAGAUUCUCGGGGUAGACAAGAAUGCCUCUGAGGACGAGAUCAAGAAAGCUUAUCGGAAACGGGCCUUGAUGCACCAUCCAGAUCGGCACAGUGGAGCCAGUGCUGAAGUUCAGAAGGAGGAGGAGAAAAAGUUCAAGGAAGUCGGAGAAGCUUUUACCAUUCUCUCCGACCCCAAGAAAAAGACUCGAUAUGACAGUGGACAAGACCUGGAUGAAGAGGGCAUGAAUAUGGGUGAUUUUGAUGCAAACAAUAUCUUCAAGGCAUUCUUUGGCGGUCCUGGGGGCUUCAGCUUUGAAGCAUCUGGUCCAGGGAAUUUCUUUUUUCAGUUUGGCUAAUGAAAGGAAACCAUCCAGAACCCAGAAAAUGCAGACUUGCUCCGUUUAACCUCGAAUGUGGCUGGACACAGCUCACCUCCUCCCUUCAUUAUGAUCCACGUACUUAGAGCAGUUUCGUUUUCUCAGUUGGAUACCCAGUGUCUGUGUGAGUGGGGUGAAGGAAAGGGAGCCAGUGCCGAAGACUGCGGGUAGGGGAGGGAGGUGGGGGGUGGACAGGGCAGCUUGUGAAUUUUUGUUUUACUGUUUAACUUUAUUAAAAAAAAAAAAUUAAGAGAAUAAAAUGUUUUGACCCUUUCUGGCACUUUGCUCUGG